AUGAGUGAAAUUCAAAAAAAUGAAUUAAAUGAUCGAAAAACGUUGGAAAAUAAUGCGUCAUGCCAAUUAAGAGCUCAAGAAAAUUUGAUUACAAAUGAAAAUGAUAAAAAUGGGAAAGAGACAGAUCGUACAAAAAUAAUACGAGAUAUUGAGAAUGGUGUCAUUACAGUUAAUAAUGUUAAUGUAAAAGACGAUUCGGAUCUAGAAAUUUCAAAAUUGGAUAAAAUUCCAAGGUUUGAACCUUUGAUUAAACCUCAUCCCGAGACAGGUUUCACGCUUAGUGGUUUAUGGGGUUCAGCAUCAGCAUCUUCGGACCAAGUUAGAGAACAAAUAUGCGAAGAUCAGCGAAUAGUUAUGGAAACAGUCAAAUCAGUGGAUACAUAUUGUGUGGAAAUAAAUCAAACAAUGAUCGCCUCACAAUUACAAGCAAAAGCUAAUUACGAACAAAUGGGCAUCGUUAACGUAUUUAUGAAACAAGUGGAAAAAACUCAUAAGAUGGUACAUGAAAUUUUUCAAACAUUAAAUAAGAUGGAAAAUCUUUUACCAGAGGAAGAACGAUUGACAGAUCAAUCUGCAAGUAUUAAACAUCCAACACUUCACAAGUUAAGGUUAAAUACUAGACAAAAACAUAACCAUGGUUCCUUUCAGUUUGAAACAAGACGACUUUCCUUACAAAAACGGAGAACUCAUCCCAGCGUUGUUAUUUUAUCGUUUGAUACAGUGUUGUCCGAUAAACAUCAAGAUUUGGAUAGUAGUGCGUUAACGUUAAGUCCAGUUGACGGAACAACAUUAUCUACUGUUCAAAGUGUUCUCGGUUCUUCUGGAGAUAGUUCUGCUUCUGAUCGUUUGAAGGAAAUAUUUUCGAAUCAAUCACAAAAUUCAGAAGAAAGAUCAUCUUCACAAUGGCUUUCGGCGAUGAGAGAAAGUGUCAAGAAAACCGGAAGCAACACAAGUAUUGAAAAUCUUCAAGGAUUACAGGAAGUUCAUGCAGUCACAAAUAAUUAUGGAUCACCUAAUUCUUCACCAGCAUUACUUGCUUCGAAUAGUUCACAAUACCACAAAUCCCCAAUUAAUAAUGUUAACAAGCCAUCAAACUCGGGCUCUUCGAUAUCAUUGCUUACAGCUAUGUUAAGACGAACUACUGGUAAAGAGGGAGAGACAAAAAAUAAAACAACACCAAAACUUCGUAAAAAGAAAUCAAUAUCAUCAAGCAUUCGCAAUCAUAGUAGUACUGUUUCCGAAACUUGCUUAGAAGGAAAUUGUAAAU